CGGGCGUACGUCGCAGGCUCGCGCGGGGCGUCCACUAUCGGGUCCGCCGUGGCCUCGGUGCCCAGAACCAGGUCCUCCCGCCGCGCAGGUGCCCCGCGCCCUCGGGUCUUCCGUCCCCCGGUCUCCCGGCCUCUUCCCCCGGCCAUGUCGUCCUGCAGCCGCGUGGCGCUGGUGACCGGGGCCAACAAGGGCAUCGGCUUCGCCAUCACGCGCGAGCUGUGCCGGCAGUUCUCGGGGGACGUGGUGCUGACGGCGCGGGACGCGGCGCGGGGCCGGGCGGCCGUGCAGCAGCUGCAGGCCGAGGGCCUGAGCCCGCGCUUCCACCAGCUGGACAUCGACGACCAGCAGAGCAUCCGCGCCCUGCGCGAUUUCCUCCGCAAGGAGUACGGGGGGCUCGACGUGCUGGUCAACAACGCGGGCAUCGCCUUUAAGAGCAGAGUGGUGAAUGUGUCUAGCAUAGUUAGUGUCCGAGCUCUUAAAAGCUGCAGCCCAGAACUGCAGAAAAAGUUUCGAAGUGAGACCAUCAUGGAGGAGGAGCUGGUGGGGCUCAUGAACAAGUUUGUGGAAGAUACAAAGAAUGGUGUGCAACAGAAGGAGGGCUGGCCCAAUACUGCGUAUGGAGUGUCGAAGAUCAGUGUCACAGUCCUGUCCAGAAUCCAAGCCAGGAAACUCAAUGAGCAAAGGAGAAGCGACAAAAUCCUCCUGAAUGCCUGCUGCCCGGGGUGGGUGAGAACCGACAUGGCAGGGCCCAACGCCACCAAAAGCCCUGAAGAAGGAGCUGAGACGCCGGUGUACUUGGCCCUUCUGCCCCCAGAUGCGGAGGGGCCUCACAGACAGUUUGUUUCAGAGAAAAAAGUGGAACAGUGGUGAGCACCAUCAUGGCUCCAUAACAGCUGCAUCACAGCUCCAUCCCUGGGCCAUUUUACUCCCUGUCUUCCUUCUACCAAAAGUACUUGCAACACUUGUCACAAACAGCCUUAUUGAGCGCUGACUUUGAGUUGCCUAACUAACUUUAGGAAGUCUUUUGUGAUUUGCUUUAUAAUACUAUACAGUACGUAGUAGGGGGGAAGGUGUAAUUGAUGAAAAUAAUGAUUGAAAAUUAUAGAUGAAUAAAUGGUUCUUUUAAAAGCCAAUUUGUGCAGAUAAUGUUAUAAACCAGCUUCAUCUCAGAAGUAUAAUAGACCUACUAAAAGUUGGGUUCAGGCAAGGGACAGUAUAAACCAGGGGUGGGCACACUCUUUCUGCAAAGGAUCAGAUAGUGAAUAUCUUUGGUUUUGCAGACAAUGCAGCCUCUGUAACAGCUACUUAGAUCAGCCACAGUAGCACAAACCAGCCAUAGAGAAUAUGUAAACCAUGAGUGCAGCUGGAUUUCGCACAGACUACGGUUUACCCACCUCUAAUAGAACAUGAAUAAUGGGAAAGGCAAGACCCCUUACCAGGGAAUUGAUUUUGUCAGCAGAGCCAUUGCAGCGACAGUGGUUCCCAGGUGUGAAAGAAGGGCCAGACCCACAGCUGUUGGCACAGUCUUUGCGGGUCAAGACAAGCGGUAACAUUUUCAGGACAGUUGUGGAACACUGAUUUCCUAUCUGCCUUUUCUCCUAUUCACUUCUGAGUGAGAGUAGCUCUCCUACAGUGGUUACCUUUAAAAAAAUUGUUGCCUUUUUACUGGGACCAGAUGCCAACCUACCCUAACAGUACUGUACAUUCUUCCUUGAUCAGAUUGUCACACUGUUCCCUGCCUCUAAAUUAAUUGUGGCUCUUCUGUGCCAGAUAGUAGUAUUUUUACCCACUGUUUCAUUACCUCACUAGCCUAAGUGGAUUUUAUAAAUAAGGAAACCAAGGCAGGAAAGGAUCGUUACCUGACUUCUGACCUUUCACUGUAUGCUCUGCUUCUACAAGGGAUGCUGCUGGAAAUGUCCACAGUUCUCUCCCCAGCUUGGGGCUCUACUCUUUCCUUUCCCAGGAGCCUACAUGCUGGCUAUGCUAUUUCAGUUAACUUCAUCUUACUUUGCACAUUUAAGUCACGUCAUCCAGUUGGUUUAUAUCUGCCCUUUGCACAUCACCAGGGAAGAAGACAAUAGACAGUGAGGGGAUGGUUUUUAUAUUUCCCACCUGUAUCCCUAAGAUCAGCUGAUGGACCACUUGGCACUUUAAGGACAGUUGCUAUGGAGCCAGUUGCUACAACUACAUAUCGUGGGAACACAGGCUCGUGAACACAACAGAAGCUCAGCAAAUAAUCCCUUUAUUACUUGCACACACCGCAUAAAGAGCCCAGAAGAGCAAAUAACCUCUUUGUUUCUUACACUGCACAAAGAGUCCAAAUGAGCAGGGGAAGAAGUCCCAUCUCGGCCAGUCCCCAGCAGUGGCUGAAAGCUGCUCUGGCUCAGUGUCAGUAGAUAGCAGCUCCAUACACCCCACUUCAUGCCAGAGAAGAGAGCUCAAGCUAUACUGUAUGACUGGUUUUUAUCCCCUUGCAGGGAGGGUACCGCCACUGAGAAUUCCUGUUUGAUUAGCACCUGGGGCUGCUUGUUCCUGGUUUCCAGGUUUUAGACAUUUUCAUUAGACUUAACGUCUCCACCUCCCUCCCCCACUGCAAAUAGCACAAGAUCAAUCACACACAAGGUGAAGGUAGCUGAAGGAGGAAGGAUUGCCACUUAGUGUCUCUGCCUUCCCCAGAGAAGGAGGUUGGGGUUUGGGUGAUGGCUGCUUAACAGGUGUUUGUGACUUUUCUAACAAUUGCCUGGCUCAUUGAACACCUAAUGCUGGGCUUGGUGCAGUGAGAAUUACAAGCUAAUGAAGAUACAGCCCUGACUCCAAAGUUCACAGCCUAGUGGGGGAAAACAUAAACAGAUAGCUGUAAUGCUUGGAGCAAAGGAGAGAUACCAUAAAAGUGCAAUAAAGAACUUGUACAAGUUCAGAUGGGGGAGUGGUCUUUUGUGCCAAGUUGAAGUCCUCCUUUUAAGAAAGGACUUUGAAUCCAUGUAGCAGUGUGGUGAUGGGAGUGGUGAUGGGGGGAAAUGUCCUUCAGUGGUGUGGGCAUGAAGCAAAGUGUAGAGGAGGGAGGCCCACAUGGGUUGGAAGAGUGGAUGAUUACUUUGGGGACUAGGGGUACAUGAAGACAAGGAAUCAGAAUAAAGGUAGAUUGGGGUUGCCCAGCAGAAAGUAUUCAAAGCCAGGCUGGAGUUUGACUAGAUGUAUGUGUGGUACAGCCCAGUUAAAAUUUAGAAGAUUAUACUGGUUCAGCAGGAAGGUGGAAAUUGGCUAACAGAAAGAACAUGUCGAUGCAGAGAGAGCCAUUAAGAAAUCCCUGCAACAACUGUACAUGAUUUUGUGACUCCUGAAUCCUAUCUAGACACAAGAAAGGAGAAAAUAAAACGAAAUCAGGAGAAAGAGCUGGUUUGUGGGGAAAGCCAAUUCAAUUUUAAGCAGGAUUUUGAAGUCCUGGCAAGGUUUCAUUAUGUAGCAAUGAGAAAUGCGGAGCUAAUAUUCAAGAGACAAAUGGGGGCUGAUGAUUGAAAAAAAGGAAAACCACUCUGAAACAGAUGAAAUCCAUUCAUACGGAUGAAUUGAAUCACUGAGAGGUUUUCGAACACACGAGGAUAAAUGCAGAUCUGUGGAAAUGCCCACGUUUAAUUGGUAGGGGAUGAAGAUAAAGAAACAGAAAAAGGGCCAGAAAGGUAAAAAGAGAAUCCAAAAAAAAGUGCACCUUUGAGUGGAAGCCAAGAUAAGAGGAAGAUUCUCAAACGAAGGGAUUGCUACUCUGCCUGUGCUUCAGAGAGGAGGAAAGGGUUGGGAACCAGAAAGGCGAUUAGGUUUCGGUAAAGAACAGUUGAUCUAUGAACGAGGUCUGAAAGGACAAGUGAGCGAAUUGGAUCAAGGUCAAAGGAAGGGUUUCUCCACUGAAGAAGUGGGAAGAAGAAAAGGUGAAGAAAACAUUUCAAACCACACCAAACAGUCCCACCCUUGUCAGUAAAAUGAGAAGUUUACUGAGUUUGUAUCCAAAGGAGGGCUGGAGAAAUAUGGAUGCAAAACCUGUAGGGUGAGAUGAACAGAAGAUGACUAUUGGGAAUCUUAAGCAAUGGUAAGGACCCAUCUUCAGUGAGAGCAGCAUAAAUUUAAUGUACUUAUAGGCAAUAUAAUGUAUCAAGAGCAGAUUUGUCUGCAAGAAAUGUAAAACCCUUCUCAAAGUGGCUCAAUAUGAAAGAAUUUCUUAUCUCCUAUUGCAUAUAGUCCAGAUAUAAAGCCACUUUGGUCUUUCUUUCAGGAGCUCCAUUAUGUCAUCAAAAUUCCAGAUAUUUUCCAUCAUUCUAGCUCACCUAAUGGUCUCAAAAUGACUUCCGCUGCUCCAGGGAUCACAGGCUUACUCACCAACAUGAAGAUCCUUACAGGAUGCCUGUGCCUUUAGAUGCCCCUUUAAGGCCUAUGAGCUGUGUAGUUUGUUAAAGCUGCAGAAAUGCAAUGGGUUGGCUUUACGAUGAGGAUUUAUUAACGUACAAGCUUAGAGUUCUGAGACAUGAAAAUGUCCUAAUCAAGGAAUCAUCAAGAGCAUACAUGGACUCCAAGGCAGGCUGCUGAUGAUCGUCAGCUCCUCUGUCACAUGGUAAGGCCCAGGAGAGGUCCGCUGGUCUCUCUUGUGUCCUGAGUUUUGUUGUUUUCAGCUUCUGGCUUCUCUGUCUGUGGCUUGCUUUCUCGGGUUUUUUUCUCUCUGUCUUCUGUCUCUCUUAGCUUCUGUUCUUUCUCUCUAUUUCAUCCACUCAUAAAGGACUCCAAUAAGAGGAUAAAGACCCUCCUGGAGCAUGUCUCACCUGAAAUAACCUAAUCAAAUAUCCCACCCACAAUAAGUAUAUACCCACAGGAAUGGAUUAGCUUUAAGAACACAAUCUUCUCAGGUGUACAUACAGCUUCAAAGCAUCACACUCCACCCUCUGGAUCCCAUAAAGACAUGUUCCUUCCAUAUGCAAAAUACAUUGAUUCCAUCACAAUAUCUCAAAAGCCUUUAAACAUUUCAAUGAUAAAGUUAAGUACAAAGUUUCAUCAGAAUCAGUUAUAGAUGUCUGUCCUGGGAUCACAGGCUUACUCACCAACAUGAAGAUCCUUACAAAAUUCCCCUAUGGCUGUGGACCUGUGAAACUUAGAACAAGUUAUCUGCUGCCAAUCUACAAAGGAGGGACAAUCACAGAAUGAACAUUCACAUGGCCACAGAGAGAAAUUGGAAGGAAAGCAGAAUCAUGGGUCCCGAAUGUAAGGUCGUUCAGGAAUCCACACAACGCAGUGAGUCAUGGUUUAAGUAGAGAGUUUAAGGUUUAUUAGAGGAAGAAAGAAGAAAGCAGGUGGGAGCCAGUGAAAAGAAAGAAA